AACUCAACAUAAUUUAACGAACUUGGCACACUUAGAGGAUGGAUUCAGCAUUCAAGAUAGGCCGUCUGACCAAAACCAGCCUUGCCAGUAGGACGAACUUCAGGAAGACCGUUUGAGUACUGAUUUGGGUAAGUAUUCUUGGUCAGGCACAUUACACUCAGCUGGUCGUGGAACAUUGGUUUUUCCUAUCUUCAAGUUACUGCAGAUAACUUCAAGUUCGUUGUGAGCAUUGACGAAUGGAUGAUAUAGAAGGUGACCAUGAACUUCCCGGGUACACACCUCGAGCAGGUAGCAGCCUGGCCCCACAGAAUGCCUUAACCCGUGGUUCCGAACACACCAUAUCACUUGAGGACAGCAAGGGGCACAAAUGGCUUCUCCUUUCGGUGAAAAGUCGUUCCCCUACACCGGAGUUUUGGCCAGCAUUCUGUUCUGGCGAUCUCAUCUCGGGGAGCGUAACUAUGGACAUUUUGAAGCCAGAGUCAUCCAAGGCUAUUGUAGUAACGGUGACAGCCGCGACUACCCUAAUUGGACAAGAAGGGCAUGAAUUUCUUGUCAUCGAGAAGGAGCUGUGGACUCCAGCAACGACCCUUCCCGAUGGAUCCACGGUACCCAAACUCGGGAAAGGCCAUUACACAUGGCCCUUCGAAAUAACACUUCCAAACGAGACGGAAGUUCUGGACUGUAAAGAGAAGAAGAAAUUUCCCCUUCCUCCUUCGUUUACAGAGCGAGCCAGUCCCGCUUACAUCAACUACAAGAUUGCUGUCAUCGUUAAGCGGGGCGUCCUGAAAGUAAAUCAUACUUUAACUACAGAUUUUACAUAUGUCCCAAUUACGAAACCAGAACUCCCAUCUUCUAUGUUACAGAAAGCAUGUAAAGAAAACAUCCCAUUCGUUGGUCCGGAAGGUGAUCCGGAGGGCUGGCACAUCCUUCCACCAGUCGCUAUCACAGGCACUCUUUUUGGUGCCAAGAGAGCGAAUGUCGAUUUCAGCCUAGCGCUAGCCAAACCACUCACUUAUGCUCGUGGUUCUGCGAUGCCACUAUGGCUAACUUUCACAGGCACAGACGAGCAAGCUCUCGAUCUACUCGCCAAUCAUCAAGCCAUCCGUGUUUUCUUGAAGCGAUCGUUGGCUACAGGCUCGGAUGCAACAAGUGAACACGCCGGGAAGCAUUCAGAUAACUUCUUCGUUGAAAUCACGGCACGUGCUGUUUUCUGGCCAGCAAGGGGUACCAGUACCACAGGGAAGCGGCUUCUCCAAGGCGAAGUGAACUUAAAGAAGACAUUCAAACAAAGCGUUGUAUUUCCCCGAUUUGCUGUGAGGUACCAUCUAGAAGUCCAUCCUUUCGAAGCAAUUGGCUUCGUACAUGCGCCGGCUGUCUCAGGCCCAUUGCUGACACAACCGGUCAAUCUGACGUCUUUCCAUGCAACUGGCAUCGUAAUGCGCUCUUUUGCACCAUCCGAGUAUGCAGAGGAGAUUGAGAAUUUCAACAACUCUGUUGGUUUGCUGGAGAAUGGAAACCAGCGCUUCUACCAUCACGGAGGGUCCGGAAUUUCCUGAGACGGAAAGGGGAUGGGGGAGCUGUUAUUGAAUUCCAUGUGGGUAUG